AUGGUGGAGAAGGCCGCCGCGCCGUGGGAGAGAGUGCAGAAGAUUCUGAAUCUGGGCUCGAUGAACUGCGACGAGCAACUGUACGGUCGUGUCCACGCGUUCUUCAAGGGCUACGUCCGGUACCACCUCUCGUGCGCCCGAUACGAGAUCGCCGGCCUCUGCGCGGAGGCGGGAAAUGAGGAGCUCCAUCGGUUCUACCAGAUGAGUGUUGUGGCAAAGAACGGGGAGGCAUCUGAAUUCUACGUUGCAAACACUGAGGCUGUGGUCGCCGGUCUGCGUGGUGACGCUACCAUUGACGUAGCUGGUCGCACAGCUCUUCCCUCCUUGCCCGAUGCCUCUUGCUCCCUGCUCCCUCGUCAAUUAGCCUCGGACUAA